AUGUCGGCACCGUCGUCGCCGGGCCACGAUGCCCGCGAUGAGCCACCUCCCCCCUCGCCGCCCCGCCCUACCGCCAGUGCCAGCGAGACCAGCCAGAACCCCGAGCUUGAUCUCACCAAGCUGCGCGCACUACCAGCCGAACAACAGGACCUUUACAUCCUGACCUUUGUGUCCAGCCUCGGUAAACAUGUCAAGGCCCUGCCUGCCGACGAUUGCACAGCCCAGCAAUUCUAUUUGAAAAAGGAGGCCUUCCAGCUCAUCAACCUACCCGCACCCUCCCCGAGCCGCGUGACGAGAGGCAAUAUUGGUGCCGUCCUGGCCCACGUCUUUGCCAAAGGUGACCGAAAGCUACUCUUUGAGACCAUCAAUGACCUCGUGUCCAUCGUGACAAACUCAAAGGUCAAGACGGACGCCGAGAUCAGAGCCAGACAUGCCGCCGUUACGUGUCUAGGUCAUGUUUACGCUGCCGCCGGCGACAGUGCCAUCCCUCUGCACCAGCUUUCCUGUGGGGCGCUGGUCAAACUCCUGAAAGCGACUUCGAGCAAUGCUGGCCUCCGUGCCACUGUGCUAGAGUCCCUAGCCAAGAUUGUUAGCAUGGUCGCCGCGAGCAUGGACGAGAGCAUUGCUCGCGACAUGUGGAAGCAGUGUCGCACCGCCGCCGCAGGAGACAAGGGCUAUCUCGUAGCCGUUGCGGCUUGUCGGUGCUUAAAGUCCCUGGCCAAGCACACAUCCUACUUUGAAAACUCUAGCGACUUUGAGAAUUUGAAGCUGGCGCUUUUCAAGGCUUUUGAUUCGCCCUCAUCCCAAGUGCGCCAGGCUGCAGCUGACUGUUUGGCCGAAGCAAUGGCAGUCAGUCUCUCCGAAAACGCUGCUGGUGAUAUUGCUGCGCCCAAGGCCAAGAAGCCAAAGUCAAAGGCGAGCAAACGCGCCUCUGUCCAGCCCGGUUCUGGACUCGCCGAAGACGAUGACAUUCCUUCUAGACCGGGAAGUCCGGCCCCAGGUACCAAGAAAACGCAACAGCUGGCAUUGACUCUGACCGACAUGCUAAAGACCUUGUCUGCGCAGUAUGUACGCUUGUCCACCACGAAUCGGGCCAGAGCCGCGCUCGGUAUCUGCUACGGUCGGGUAUUGAGGACGCUCGGUGAGAAGGCUGUCGAGACCAAUUACCUAAGGAUUGUGGAAAAUUUAACUGUCGAUUUGCUGGGCAAUCCAAAUAUCACAAAUAACCGCUAUCGACUCCUUAUAUCUAGGCGUAUUGUAGACUCGAUCCUCCAAACCACGGUUGGCCAAAAGAUCUUGGGCGAGUCAGGCCAAAUGGCCGCGGCCAGGUCAGUCAUCAACGACGUUUUCAAAAAUUAUCCACAGGCGAUCAAGGAGCGCCCCGAGCCUAGCAAGUACACCCUCAUCGCCACUCUCGGCGCCGUGGCCUCCCUCAUCGACUCUUUGGGUUCCGCAGCCAAUAGUUUCUCCGAGUCCUGCCGUGAUGGACUGCUCCAGGUGCUGCAGCAUCCCAGCUACAGUGUGCAGGUCUACGCUUCGCAUUGCAUGAAGAGCUUCGUCAAAGCCUGUCCACAGCAGCUGCUGCCAUGCUUGUCCGUCUGUAUGAACAGCCUGAGCCGGGAGCUCUCUCAACUUGGCACCGGCCGCAACUCGCCGCGACGGUGCAUGGGUUUCGCCCAUGGCCUGGCCACGACACUGAGUGCUAGCCCGGACCGGCCAUUGUAUGGCUCGGUAGAUAUCAAUAGCCGGGUUCUGACCAUGGCCACGAAUCUGCUCAAGUCGAGUGGCAAGUCGGAGCUCCGAGUUUCGAGCACGCAGAUCCAAGUCGCCUGGAUACUCAUUGGAGGUCUCAUGUCACUCGGUCCAAACUUUGUCAAGAUCCAUUUGUCGCAGCUUUUGCUGCUUUGGAAGAAUGCCCUCCCCAAGCCAUUGGCCAAGGACAACACGUCACAGCGAAGUCUCUUGGAGGCUUGUUUCCUGACCAAUGUCAGAGAGUGUGCAUUGGGCUCGAUUCUCGCCUUUUUGCAGUUCAACAGUCGCCUGUUGACGGUAGACGUUUCGAAACGCAUCGCGGCCAUGUUACAGAGCACUACAGCGUUCUUGCGAACGUUGCCACAAAAGAAGACGACAGAAGACGUCUCGCAAAGGCUGACGCCGGCAUUGCAACUCCAGGAUCUCGAACUCAUGGUUCAGCGCCGCGUGCUGCAAUGCUACACCAAACUCGUAAACCAGAGCCCCGCUGGCGGCAGCGAGGCAUUGCUGCAGUCUAACCUUUUGACUACAGCCGUCUCCCUGUUUGCGGAUCCUGAGAACUACGCCGGCAACUCGCUGAGCGCGUCCAUUGCCAAUGCCGCCGGGACCUUUGAAUCCGUGUGGGAAGUCGGAGAUAACUCUGGUUUUGGAGUGACUGGUCUCGUCAACGGCUUCAGAGUCGAGAGACUGCCUGGCGAGCAGGACAAUUCCACUGAUCAGCCCGCGUCGGACCAGGUCGAUCCCGAGGCCUUCAUUGAUGACCUGUUGAGGUCCCCCGUCUGCCCGUCCCUCGAGCACGAUGCAGCAAUGCUUUAUGUGAGCGAUGCGAGUGUACCAGGUGUACUACCGCAUCCCCCAGCUACGGAGGUGAUCAACAUGGCUAUCCAGCUCUUUGCCUUUGUGUUUCCCCUGACGCCGGCCAAGGUUCAAGAGAGCAUUCUGGAGCAGGUCGCAACAUUCAUGUCAGCAGGGGUACUGCAGCGUGAUCCCGGCCGCAAAGCCGCCAUGAACGUCAACAUCGCCACUGCUCUCCUAUACAGCUUGAGGGUUGCCUCGCGGGAGACAAUGUCUCCUCCUGGCGACAUUUCAAACCUGGCGGUAGAAAAGUUGCUACAAGAGAUUGUUCGAGGGUUUGUGCUGGACCCAGAUCAAUACAUCCGCAGCCUCGGGUAUGCAACGAUUGCAAGACUGUGCAAUACGUGCGGCAAUGCCUUCACCAAUGGCGAGAUCAAGCACCUUGUCGACACCAUUGUCAGCAACCGCGAACCCAGCGCAAGAGCUGGCUGCGCAAUGUCUCUGGGAUGCAUCCAGGCCAAACUGGGAGGCAUGGCUGCUGGCUAUCAUCUCAAGACGAUCCUGGGAAUACUGAUGUCGCUCUGCAAUGACCCGCACCCGACGGUCCAUUACUGGGCACUCGAGGCGCUGUCACGGGUAGCAGACGCAGCUGGCCUGGGAUUUGCCCCGUAUGUGUCGAGCAGUUUGGGAAUGCUGACGCAGCUCUAUCUCUCUGACACACACCACCCCGAAGUUUCGUCCGCCAUCUCGAUGAACCUGGAGAUGGAGCUUUCUACGGUCGGCGCCAUUACCCACUGUGUGGACUCGAUGAUCAAUGUCCUAGGUCCAGACUUACAAGAUGCCACAAAAUCUCGAGAGCUCAUCCUGACCCUAAUCGGCCAGCUUCAGGACGAAGACAACGUCAAUGUCCAGCGCGCCAGUCUAAGCUGUCUAGAGCACCUCUCGCUCUAUGCUCCAGGCAACAUGGUAUUUGCAGAUUACGUAAAGCUGUUGCAGAAAUACCUUAAUUGCGACACAGCAUCGUUGCGGGACGCUGCAGUCGACGGCCUGUACAACCUGAUGAAGCGAAGCUCUCAAGAUGUCUUUGAUGCUGCAUACCCCGGGCUAGAAGACCAACUUUGGCUUGUUCUAGAUUCCUGCCCGGGCCACGACGGUAUUCGUAAUAUUAUCCGUAACUGGGUUAGGCAGUCGUGCCUCAGUGACACGGCCUCAUGGCUCCAGCGCCUCCAGAAUGUGCUCAAGAUGACGAGGAAAAAGGCUGUCGAGGAGAACCGUGCUGGCGCGUCCAAACCCAAUGCUGCCGUAGAUCUGCAAGAUGAAGAAGUCGCUGGCUUUGCCGCUGCCGCCGUCGGGGCCGCCAAGGACGAUAAGGAGUUGGCCGCAAGCUCCGAGGUCGAGCCACUGCGAUGGCAAGUCCGCACUUUUGCCAUGAGCUGCCUGAAUGAGAUAUUCCUUCUCAUCAACAAGGAUAUUGCAACCAAUGGCGAAUCACCGGCACAGGCGGCCCUGCAGGCUCGUAUCGCUGACGUUGUGCGCAUGGGCUUCUCCGCCUCGACAUCCAGUGUACUCGAAUUGAGGAUCUGGGGCCUGAAGAUUAUCGGGUCGGUAUUGCGCAUGUUUGGAAAGACGCCAGAUCCCGACUUUGAGGAGGCGAUGCUUCUCGAGCAGUACCAAGCACAAAUCAGCUCCGCUCUGACGCCUGCCUUUGCCGCCGAUUCCUCUCCCGAGUUGGCCUCAGAAGCCGUAAACGUUUGUGCUGCAUUUAUAUCGACUGGCAUUGUGACCGAUGUGGACAGAAUGGGCCGUAUCCUGAAGACACUCGUCACGGCCCUGGAAAACUUCUCAAAUGAGUCGGAGCACGCGGGGAUUGGCGAUCUUCAAGGCCUAAGCUCCAAUGCUCAGAUCAUGGUUAAAAUGUCCGUCUUCUCCGCCUGGGCCGAUCUCCAGGUGGCCAGUCUGGAGCAAAAGUACCUGCUGAACGUAUUGAAGCCACAUAUUGGUACGCUCACGCCCCUGUGGCUAGCUUCUCUCCGAGAGUUUGCCCGUCUACGGUUCGAACCAGACAUAUCCAUGACUCUUGGCCCGCCGUCCCUCUCAGGCAGCCUCGACACCAUAUAUGCUGCCUUGAAUCGCGAAACGCUCCUGAAGUUUUAUCAGGACUCAUGGUUGAAGCUUGUAGACGCCAUCGCGAGCCUCAUUGAGCAAGACAGCGAUUUUGUGUUUGACGCACUAGACGGGAAAGAGAUCGAGGGGCCGUCAACCAACGGUCAAGCCAAGGGUUCGGAUAUCAACUACCGUGAUGAGCCUGUGGCCUUUUUCUUUGUCCUGUUUGGCAUCGCCUUUGAGGCAUUGGCGACGCGUCCGGGUCAGACAGACUCCUUGGCAACUCAGGAGCAGACGCUGGAAAUCCUCCAGGCACUGAAGAAGAUUCUCCACCCGAGCGUCUCGGGUCAUGCCAUAUACAGGGAAGCCAUCUUCUCCGAGACCAUGGACCUGCUCGACCGCCUCGUGCUGACCGAGGGCCUCGACGUGCAAGGUGUCAUUGUCGAGAUUGCAAGGGCCCUCUGUGUAGCCCAUCCGUCGGCGAGGAAGAAGGAACAGCCCGAAAGCGGAGAUCUCUCGGAAGAUAUCGAACAGCUCUUUGAACUGACACGCAUCAUUGUUCUUGUCCUUUCGGGGCUCCUCCCCAACUUGACGGAAGCCCACCAGACGGCUCGGCAUCAGCUGACUGAGGAAGCCGUACUGCUCAUCCGGUCGGCCCUGAAUGCCAUUGUGGACGCGGCCGAGGUGUUCCCGGCGAUCAUCAAGACGGACCUGCACGCUUGCAUUAUCCACAUAUUUGCCACAGUGCUGGCCACGCCAUCUUGCCAGGAAGUCAUUGUGCCCCAGGCUCUGCCCGAGCUGAAGCGCUUCAUGACGAGUAUAUCUGGCCCUGCUGCCACGGCAGGUAACAACAACAGCAACAGACCCCACUCCGCUGUCCAGCUGCAGGGGUGCUUGCGUCGUUUCCUGUCCAUCUACCUCAAUGCCCAAAAGCGUGAGGCACCCAGCUCACUGUUGUGCGUAAAAAAUUGCCUGUUGGCUGUGACGAUUCUAUUUACUGGCGGCCAAAACUGCUUGGCAGCCAAUGAUGCCGUCGUCGUGCGCUUCUUGGACGAGUUAAUGGAUUGUCUAUCGGACCGAAUGACGGCCAAGAUCGCCGCCAACUGCGUCCGGUCUCUAUUGCUACAGUCGUCGCCCACAGUGGCGGACCAGUCUAUUGCCCGAUACCUGCUCCCACGACUCAUCGCCUUCGUGACUGCGACGGAGCCCGAGGACCCUGAGAAUGCGCGCCGACUCAUUGCCCACACAUUGACGCAGUAUGUUGCUGGUGUGGACAAGGACCAUGCUCAGAUCGUCAUGGCUGUCGUGGCGCCGGCGCUCUUGUCGCGCGCUUCUAGCGAGGGCAUGGAAGUGCACCGUGAGACCAGUAUCAGGCUUCUCGAAAUGGCUUCGGCGGAUCCUGCCGCUUUCAGGGGUGUCGUGGCAGCCAUGAGUGAGGGACAGAAGGCCUUUAUGGAGGAAGUGAUCAAGUCCGGACGUGCGACUGGCGACAGCAACAAGACUACCACUGAUAACACCGGGCAACCCAGUAUUGCUCUCAAGAUGGACUUUGGGUCCUAA